AUGAAAAGUAGAAAGUGUUCUCUUAGUUUACAGAUGCGUUUGCAUUCCCGAAGCACGAGGCCCUAUCGAGCGUCCCCGAGUCCCUCCCUCCGAGUGCAUCAUGGAUCCCGUCUUCCCCAGGUGGAGCAGGGCGUGCGGCUGUACAACCAGCAGAAGCAUGUGGCCGCCGUCAAGAAGUGGAAGCAGGCCCUCCGGCGGAUCAACAAAGACAACGAUCGCUUCAUCACUCUGGGCUACCUCAGUCAGGCGCACCUUGAUUGGGGCAGAUACAGAGAGAUGCUUGACUUCGGCUUCCAGCAGCUCGACAUCGCCAACGAGAUGGACUCGCCGAUGCUACGCGCCGAGGCCUACCUGACGCUGGCCCGCGGCAACGAGCGCCUGGGCAACCUGGAGAAGGCGGUGUCGUACUGCCGCCACUCGCUCUACAACCAGUGCGACCAGUCCCGCACCACCGGCUACGUCCACCUCACCCUCGGCAACACCUACCUCGUCUACUCCAGCUUCAGCAAGGCCAUCGAGCACUACGAGCUGGCCCUCAAGGUGUCCCGCAGCAUCCACGACACGGCGCUCGAGCUGCAGGUCUACUGCGGUCUCGGCCACACGUUCUGCCUCCUGCAGGACUUCGAGAAGUCGCUCUCCUUCAGCGCGAAAGCAUUUGAGCUUUCGAAAAGUUUUCAUAUCAGUGAUCUCAAUUCGAAAUUCCAGCGGCUCUCGCUCGUAACUCUGGCGACGCCCUUGCGCAAACUCGGCCGCCUCCACGAAGCCAAGGAGUGUUGUCAGGACGCUCUAAAGAUGGCACUGACAGCCGGGGAUCGCCCUACGCACGCUCGCUGCCUCGGGAUCCUGGGCGACAUACAACGACAGUGCCUCGACGUACAGAGAGCCUACAAGCGGUACGAGGCCAGCAUGCAGCUAAUGAUGAUGCUUGAGGACCGUCACGGCCAGCUGAUCGCGCUGAACGGCAUGGCCAAGACGCUGGGCCUCAUGCGCCGCCAGUCCAAGAUCUGCGACUGCCGACCCCUCGAGAUAAACAACAAGGUGAUCGAUCUCGCCUCUUCCCUCGGCUGUAAGCUGAUCAUGAGGUCCGCCCACUUGCGCCUAAUGGAGUUGUAUCGAGUCCUGAGCGACGAUGAAAACAGCGGCCUGCAGGAGCGGCUGGCCAACUGCCUAACAGAGGAGAUGGAGCUCGUGUGCGGCGUGUGCCAUGAGCGGUAUGGCGACCAGGGCGGCAACUCCCUGGACGCGUUGCCGUGCUCCCACAUCUUCCAUGCCAAGUGCGUCAGAGACCUGAUGUCCACCGGCGACCGGAAGAAGAAGAAACGUAUCUGCCCCGACUGCCGCAAAUCGCUCAACUCUCGCCUCAUGCUCAUUUGCUACGACGAGCUGAAGGCGGCCUACGGGGACGGCCGGACGCCCACCUUCCCGCGCUACCAGCCCUCGCCCUCGUCCGACGACCAGCCCCUCUGA